AUGCCUCCACGCAAGUCCACGUCCUCCGUGACGCCCGCAGACCCAGAUGAAUCAAUCCAGCUCUCGCCACAAGCACCAACAUCAUCCGACAAGCCCAUCACCGCAACAGAGCAACAGUUGAAGGCGAGGGCCGAGGCUGGCGUGAGCGUUGAAGACUACCUCCUCCCCCGCUCACUGACAAUCCGACUCGCGAAAUCAGUCCUCCCACCAAACACAACAAUCCAAAAAGACGCCGUGCUCGCGAUCCAGAAAGCUGCUACGGUCUUCGUGUCAUACCUCUCAUCACACGCCAACGAAUCAACCCUAAAACGCACCGUCGCACCCGCAGACGUCUUCGCCGCACUCUCAGAACUCGAAUUCGACUCCUUCCGCGCCCGCCUCGAGGCCGAACUCGAAGUGUACACGGAUAUCAAGGCCGGAAAGCGCAAGGCAAAGAAACCCGAGGAAGGGGAGGCUGCUGCUACUGCCGGGGCGGCGCGGGACGAGGACGAUGAUGUGGAGAUGACUGAUAAUCCAGCGAAGAGGGUGAAGAGGGAUUCUGAGGGGAAGAUCGGGGCUGAUGGGGAUGGGGAUGAGACGCAGGAUGAGGAGGAGGUUGAGGAGGAACAGGAGCAUGAUGAGGAGGACGAGGAGGACGAGGGUGAUGAGGACGAGGAGGGGGAGGAGGAGGAGAAAGGGCGUGAGGAGGAUAUUGAUCGGGUUGAGGAUUUGGAUGGGGAGCGUCGUCUUGUUGAUCCUGAUGAUGAGGAGUCGGAGGAUGACGAUGGGCCUGGUAGUCAGUUGCAUAAUGAUUUGGGACUGGGCUAA